AUGAAAAUGUCCGGCCCUGAAGAGCGCGCUCUGCUGGAGCUGAACCUGUGGAGGGAGUCCUGGUGUCAGGUGGAGUCGAGCCCCCGCCAGUCCUGGGAGAGGACCGAGAGGAGGCACUACCGGACUCACCUGAGGACCGGGCCGGUCCUCCUGCGCGCUCUGACCGAAGGAGCGCACCGAGGGGCGGCCUGCACCAGGCCACCACCCCCGGUGAAGCUUCCGGAGAGGAGGCACUUUGAAGAGAGCUAUAGAUCUCACCUGGUGUAGACGUCACAAGCUCAUUCUACAGAGACGCACUACGGCUUUCAGUAUUUUACUUUAUUUCCAGACACAGCGUUGUUGUGCGACAGUUAGACAAGAAUACAAGCACAAAACUGUGUGCUAAUAUGCUAACACUGGCAAUGUGCUAAGAGUAUUUAACAUGCUGAGAACAUGCUAAUAAAAUGAACAAAUUCUAA